CCUGUAUAGUCAAAGAUGUAUACACUCGAUUUUAAUUAGUUUUCAAGAUAUAACGUUUACAAAUUUCCCGGUUUUCAGUAAACCUCGUAUUUACUUGAGCAUUUUUGUCCGAACGAAUGUUUUCGGCGCACGAACGUUCAUUCGGGUUUCUUCGUUCUCUCGAGCAUUACAAUCCUGCUCCGGCUGUUCGCGCAACCUUUCUACCUGGGGUGUCGUAAACCAGUCGAAGUUAGAAUGUCGUCAGGAACAGACGUCACGAUCGCCAGUGCAGCAUAUGUUGUUAUGCAUACAAUAAUAAAAAGAAGAAAAAGAAGAAGAAAUCAAGAUAGACGAUGGUGGAUUACCCAGCUGUAUAAAAAUAGAGCAACCUCUAGUGGUGGAAGUCUACUUAGCGAUUUACAGCUAGAAACUGGCGGACAUUUCAAAAAUUUCGUGCGGAUGUUAUCGGAAGACUUUGAAUUUUUGAUAAACGCUAUCGGUCCCAAAAUACAGAAAAACGACACUAGAUUGAGAAAAGCUGUGACGACGAAAGAGCGAUUAGCUAUAACGCUACGUUUUUUAGCAACUGGAGAUUCAUAUACGAGUCUUCAGUAUCUCUUUAAAGUGUCAAAACAAUUAAUAUCAAAAAUUGUUCCGGAAGUAUGUCAAGCGCUUGUUGAAAUUUUAAAAGAACGUAUAAAGAUGCCAUCAACGCCAAAUGAUUGGUUGGCAAUUUCGCAAAAAUUUGAAGACUUAUGGAAUUUCCCACAUUGCAUAGGAUCAAUGGGUGGAAAGCACGUGGUACUGCAGGCACCUGCCAACAAUGGGAGCGAGUUUUACGAUUAUAAAUCGCAAUUCAGUAGUGUCUUAUUUGCCUUAGUUGAUGCUGAUUAUAAUUUCAUGUAUGUGGAUGUAGGAUGUCAAGGUCGAAUUUCGGACGGCGAAGUUUCUAAAAAUUGCGAAUUAUCGAAAAAAAUAUGUACAAACACUUUGGGGUUGCCAGAAAAAUCGGUCUUGCCAAAUAGGACCAAAGAAAUACCAUACGUAUUUCUUGGUGACGAGACAUUUGCUCUAAGCGAAAAUUUAAUGAUACCUUUCUCUGGUGCUUAUAAUGAGAAAUCAGCCGAAAGGAUUUUUAACUAUCGACUCAGCAGAGCUCGACGAGUAGUUGAAAAUGUGUUUGGAAUUUCUUCGGCAGUAUUUCGAGUAUUGAGAAAACCAAUGUUAUUAGAGCCGGGAAAAGUGCAAUUAAUUGUACUGACGGUGGCGUAUCUGCAUAAUUUUUUAAGGAGAAAUGAUAAUUCGCGUUCAUUAUACUCUCCUGUAGGGACUUUUGACUCAGAACAAAAUGGAGUAUUCGUCGAAGGUAAUUGGAGACAAGAAACAAAUCCAAGUUCACUAAUUUCAAUAACAAACAUUCCUCGGAGAUCACUACUAACAAGUGCUCAAGAAAUUCGCGACGAGUUUAAAGAGUACUUUAUUACUAAUGGGCGUUUAGAAUGGCAAGACGAAUAUGCAUAAAUUUUAUAAAUUGUACUAUUUUUUACUUACCUGCUCCCUGUCUAACGUUGCUCGCGAUUCGUCUUUGUCUAAUAAAUAAAGCAUUCGCUCGAAAGCGAACCACUUUGACGUGUACAUAUCCUUAAAAGCUGUCAAUAAAAAAUUACUUUGUAUUGAUUGUAAUUAUAUACAAUAUUUCCACCUGAUUGAACAUAGAAUAAAUAAAUACCUUUUCCCGUUCCAAUACACCUUGCACCCUUUGCUUUUUCCCGGCGAAAAGACGCUAGCAAACUAUUCAUUUUUUGUUUCACUUGACUGCUUUGGACUCCCACAACUUUAGCAAUAGCUUCCCACGCGUCAUUUUCUUAUUUCGCAAAUAAUGAAAUUCGUCUUUCGGAUUACACAGCACUGGGUACUUUUCAUAUUCGUCAAUGAGACGAAGUGUCAUUUUAUUUGUCCAUUCCAUGCCGACCUUCCUCAACAGAGCUCGUAUCGACCACUGGCUACUCUCGCGUCGCUUGUCACAAAACAAGUGCAGGAAUGCGAGUCAAUUGCUGAUUUAUUUACCCGAGUUUCCAGUUCUUUCCUUUCAUUUCUUCGGCCGCACAUGGUUGUAUGUGCAGGGUGUAAAAAAACGAAGUGUUACGGACCACGUGGGGUGAUUCUACACCUCUGGAUCAGUGGAGAUCUUUUUAUUCCCUCGAUGAGCACUAUACGAUAAGUCAAUACAAAAAUUUGACCUUGAAAUUAGGGGUCAAGGUCAAUUUUGCGGUCACUUUUUUUUACAGAUCUCUACCAAUCCAGCGGUGUAGAAUCACCCUACGUGGUCCGUGACACUUCGUUUUUUUACACCCUGUACUACCAGAAACCCGUCCACAUUGAGCGCUUGUCCGCACGAACAUCCUUUGAUGGACCAACAGCCGUCGGAAAGUGUUCGUUCGUGCUCGAGGCAUUCGCGAACACAUUAACCGUACUCACUAGAGCAGGGGUAGUCAACAUUUUUAUACCUACCGCCCACUUUUAUAUCUCUGUUAGUAGUCAAAGGGUAUAGCCGGAUAAGAUGGUCAAAAGUACCCCCAAAUCAAAUUCGA